AUGAAGGAGAAGAACGGCAGGAGGAAUAAUCUUAGUGGUGGCAGACAAAUGGAGGGAAGCCAAAAUGGGAGCGGCGGUGGCACGGUUGGUGGCACGGUUGGCGACCCGACCAGCGGUGUCCCUAGCAACGGUGCCCCGAUCAACGGUGGCAACAACCUUACUGGUAGUGCUUUAAGCAGCGGCUUCGAUAAUGCCAUCGACAAGGGGCUCGAUAACGGCUUCGCCCCCAGUUACCACAAGGGCUUCGGCCCCCGCCUUAACAACAGCUGCGACGUUGGUUGCAACCCUGUGGGGGAUUCCAUGGAGGAGUCGAAGAGUGUUGAAGUUAGUGGACAGGUUAAUGUAAGUAAAAAUGAAGGGUUAAUAAACCUGAACAGGGAGGAGGAGGUAUAUUACGUGGAAGGUAGCGAGCACGGUGUGAACAAUCUUGGUGAAGAAAAAAAAGGGGCCGAGGGGAGAAGGCUAACGGGUGAGAGAGGCACCUUGGGGGGAGAAGAAGAACCCGGGCUGUGCAAUGAAGUGGUAGACAGUGACAAAUGUGCAAAGGAGUCGAACCGCCAUAAUUGCGAAGCUCCGAGAGGGGAGUUCUGUAUGGCUAGUCAAGUAUCGGGUGACAAUUUGGGUCAGUUGUUUAUCCAAAGCUUUAAGGGCGAUGGUUGCAACGGCAGUAGUGGCAGAGGCAACCUCCCCGUGGAGGGGCAGCCCCCCGGCGUUGCCGCUAGUGGUGUUAUCUCUAGCGGUGUUAUCCCUAGCGGUGUUAUCCCUAGCGGUGUUGUCCCUAGCGGUGUUAUCCCUAGCGGUGUUAUCCCUAGCGGUGUUAUCCCUAGCGGUGUUAUCCCUAGCGGUGUUGUCCCUAGCGGUGUUGUCCCUAGCGGUGUUGGCCGUAGCGCUAACUUCAUGGAUGCCCCGCCCGAGGAGCGCCCGCAGUUUCGGGUGCAAAGCGCGGAGGUAGUAAAGUUGAAAAAAAGGGGAAAACCCAAAUUUAUUAAAAGGGAAACGAAUUUGAAGAGCGGCCCCCAUGAUGAGAAGGAAGAAAUGGUUGUGUCUCUUGGGAAUAACCCCAGUCUGUUCAAUCCCGAGUGUAACAUGGGGAUGAGCAAAGUGGGGAGGAAAAAGGGGAGACGGGAGAAGAGUGCGAGCAGUGCAAAGAUGGACGACGAGGGUGCCUUUCGGUUUUCCCCCGUGGGGUGCAACGUGAAAGAGUGCAGCGGUGGGAGCGGCGGUAACAGCGGCGGUAACAUCGGCGGUAACACCGGCGGUAAUGGUGCAGCCCAGUUUGAAAAAAGCCUGGUGAACAAGGCAGGCGAAAGGAAGAAGCGGAAGCUGCGCAAGGUAAAGAUAAAAACGAAGAAAACGAUCCCACGAAAAAAGAGGUCGAAGUGUGCCCUGAAAGGGAACUCAGCAAGUAGCCGAUUCAAGUAUGAAACAACGCACGCAGGAAGCGGUAAGUUAAAAAAUGAGAAGAAGAAUUACCUUAAGGAUGAGCUAUAUUGCAACCAUAAGGAUGACAACAGUGGUGCGUGUGGCAGCGGAGUUGUACACGAUAUAAGUAACAAAUUUUCUAAUAUAAAAAUUAGCAAACAUUUUUUUUUAAAAAUGGAUGACGAUGAUGAAGAGGAGGACUACGACGAUGUUGAGGAUGUCGAGGUGGAGGACAACGACGCGCGUUCGAGUAGGCACAGUUCGAUGUCUCUCACGUUAGCGAAGAGGAAUUUCCAAAAAAAAAUUAUCAUCCUGGAUGAGCGCGUCGGCGGUGACAGCGGCAUCGGCGGUAUCACUGGCAACGAAAACAAAGUGAUGAAAAAAAUUUUAACAACCGAAGAAAAUACAACUCUCCUGAAUAACGUAAAAGAAGUAAACAUGAAAAGAUUUAACUUUAAUGACAUAAUUUCAAGGCCAUUAAAAUUUAUGUACACUUAUUGCUUAUUUAAAAAUUUAAGAUUAUAUUAUCAGAUUCAGGAUAAAAAUGUAUACAUUGAUGAGAAGGCUAUUUCUAAUUGUAGGAUAAAAGAUAAUCUGAUAGAUACUCAUUCGAUUAUCUUAAGCAUGUAUGAGAAUUAUUGUAGAAUUUUGAAUCGGAAUAGAAUUCCUAUUGAUGAUUUUAUUAACUUAAAUUAUUUUAACAUACAUAAUGUAAAAUUUGCAAAGAAAAAUGUACAACAUAAUAAAAGCUAUGAUGAUAAUAUAUUGCCUGAGAAGGAUAAUAGGAAGAUCAGUUCUAUGUAUAAGUUUAGGCCAUACCUUUAUUCUAACUACUCUAAUGAUGAGAAGGAGGAGUCUUCUGGGAAGGUGAUGGGUGUGGAUUCACAAAAGAAAGGUGUGGUUAAGAUGGAAAAGGGGGAGAGUAAUAUCCCUGUUGUGAAAGAGAGUGAGAAUAAGAAGGGGAGAGUUACCAGAGGGGGGUCCAAAGCGGAGAUUCCACUAGACCAAUUCUGUGCGAUGAAGAAGGAUUCCUUCGAAGAGUGCAUGCAGAUUAACAAAGAUGCUGCCUCUGUAACGUUCAAGGUAGAGGAUACCCCGUGCGCUUCGCAACGUUUGCCGGAAGAGAGCCAACCCACGGAUAAGAGAGUCGACUCGAAGCAGAGCGAGCGGAGGGUGGUGGUGAAUGAAGCGUCCAAGCGGGAGGAGGAGCUGUGCGGGGGAGAAGUGGGAGAAGAGGGAGAAGUGGGAGAAGUGGGGGAAGUGGUAGACGUGGAUGACGCGGGAGAAGCGGAAGAAGCGGGAGAAGCGGUAGACGUGGAUGACGCGGGAGAAGCGGAUGACGCGGGCGAGGACUCCUUACCCGCGCAGAAGGGGCGCAAGAGGAAGACACUGGGGGGGGGUAGGAAAGACGGGGCGUCUAACUGCACGAGUAAGAAACAGAGGGGGAGAGACGGUGAUGUGGGGGAGGAGGCGAACGGGUGUCAGGACGUGCAGUGCGGAAGUGCCGCUUUACAAGCAGAUGGGGAGACGCACCAAGUAGGAAGUGAGUCCAUCCACGAGGUGUUGCCCCUGUGCCAGGUGAAGAAAGAAACACCACCGGGCAUGCUGGAGUGUGCGGAGAAGCCCAAAUGUGAUGAUUCAACCACAGCACUGACCCGCGUAAAGGAUGAAGACAGGGAAGAAAAAGCGACUGAAGGAAAGAGUUAUAGCUGUAUGGUGAUCCCCCCUGAUGGAGGCGUCGAAGCGGGAAGAAUGGUAGUAAAAAGGGAGUGGUGGGAAAAGGAAGAACCCGUGACGCCCGAUGGGAGGAGGAAGCACUUAACACAUAAGUACAACGAAACGAUCACAAAGGGAGGCAUCGCAACAACGGGAGAGUCCAAAAAGAAACUGAUGCUGCGAAACAGAAAUAUUAAGGAAGAAAAGGCAAUAAAGAAAAGCAAGCUGGGGAGGCCGUGUAAACAAAGCGGCUCGUCCAAUGUACCACUCAAAAGAGGAAGGAAGAAAUUUUUCUGUAACAAUAAUUUGUCGCUUAUGAAAAAUAGAAGAAGAAGAGGACGCAUCCCUUCUAAGAAGACAAAGAAGAAGAAGGAGGAGAAGACAACCAGGGGAAGCGAAUCCCAUUUUAAAAAAAAAUAUUCAGACCAUGAUGAGUACUCAGAAUAUGCGGAGGAUAUGAGUGAGUUGGAAAAUGUAAAUGUGAUGCUGUUGGAGAGGAUAAAAAAUAAUUACAAAAUGAUAAUGGAGAAUCAUAAGUUGAAUAGGAAGAAGAGGGAGGAGAAAAUGCUGUUAAUGAGUGGAGGUGCUGCUGCUGCUACCUCCGCCGCUACAGCUGGGGGGGCUUUGGGAAGGGUCGAUAACUACGCGGGGAAUGAGAGUGGGCAUCCUGAAGGGAGCAUCAAUGGGAGCGGCAUAGGAGGAAACGGGCCAGGCGGAUCAAACGGGGAAGGCGGUCCAAGUGGACCAGGCAGGCCGUUAGGGGUAGGAAGACCAUUAGGGGUAGGCAGACCAUUAGGGGUGGGCAGACCAUUAGGGGCCGGAAGACCAUUAGGGGCAGGAAGACCAAUCGGGGCAGGCAGACCAAGCGGUUACACCUCAACUGUGAACAAUAACAUAAAUGGAAAUCUCCAUGCUGAUGAUAACAGAGAUGAUAAAGUGAGCGGAGGUAAGCUGGGAAGACUGCAAGAUGGAGACGCAACGGGGAUGUACAAAAAUAACAACAACGAACUGUCGGAGAAGGAAAAAAAGUACAUGCUUUCAGUAGACUGGCUCUAUAACAAUAAUUUUAACAUUUUAGAUAUAAAGGUGAAUACGCAUUUUUCUCACAACUAUCACAUAUCACUCUUCUUUUUGUGUAAGUACACGUCAUAUAAUCUGUUUUUGCAUCCGAUUAAUAAGAACGAGCACAUCGUUUCUUCGGUAAUUUUGAAUUCUAAAAAUGAAGUGCUUACAGAUAAUGGAAAUUUUUUUGUUCUGAGAUAUUUACUCUCUUUUUUGAGCAAUAAAAUUUCAAGUCUCAGGAAAUGCUAUGCGAAUGCAUUGUACAACUCGUAUUUGCUACAAAUGCCGAUACGUAUUUUCCGACACAAUAAUUUGAAAACCAAGUACAGUCCCAACUAUGGCAUUCGCUACGAUGGUAUAUACAAAAUAGUGAAUGCUUUUACCAGUAAUGAUUACUCCACAUCGGAGUAUAAGAGGGACAUCCUGUACGUUUUUAAGAGGCUCUAUAUAGACAAAUGCUUUAUCCCACGUAACUGUCGUUUUUAUGAAAAUCAGUGCGAGAGGAAGAAGUACCUUAUUGAAAAGAACUCCGUCUCCGUUAACGUCUUUUUGGAUAGCGAAUUGAUUAUGACUUUGAGUGUCCCAUAUUUGAAGAAUUACAAAUCGACUACUUUUAUGAAUUUUAAUCACAUUUAUAAGUUUAUUCGGAGGAGAUGCAUUAAGGAGAAAUUGGCUUCUCAGUGGGUCCGUAGCGAUGUGCGCAUGUAUGAGGCGUGCAAACGGAAGCUGCGUGAGGAGGAGGCCCUUCGACGGGCAGCCUCCCCCGAGGGGGGCGAAGUGGGGAGGACCACACACGAAGGGGGGAAAGCCACACACGAAGUGGACGGCCCCCCGAGGAAUGCACCCGCGGGGGGGGGUGCCGUUGCCCCCCCAACUGGGACAGGCGGCGCAGAGACGUUCCCCUUCUGGUGUCGCGGGAAAUACCUCCCCCUGGUACUGGUCCUGGAAACCCUAAAUUUUGAAAAGGAGAUUAACGAAAAUCAAAGAAUUAGAACCAAAAAUUUUAAAAAUAUCGAAAUAUCAAUCCGUAGAACGGAAAUCCCAAUAAAUUGCGAAAUGGCAAAGAGACCAGCCCAUUUGUUCAUACCCAUCAAAAACAAAGAAGCGAUAGCAGCGCACAUCGAAUUGAAGAGACCAUUCGACGAUACAUGGAAUCCGUAUGAAGAUCUCUCAGCUGGAAAAGAAAAAUUUAAAAUCCCAGUAGAAAACACAGUAGAUGAUUCACUCCCCCCUAUGAAUUUUACCUAUGUAAAUAAGACUCUUUUUUUUUCUAGACUCCCUCCCUACAAUUUGUUACCACUGUGUUCAGGAUGUGCACCACAAAAUUAUAGCAAAAAGGAGUUUGAUGAAAUUUAUAUCAAUGGGUACUGCAAAGCGUUGAGACAUAAACGAACGAACAAAAUUUACUGCGAUGGAAACAAGAGUUACGAUAUUAACGAUUUUAAUGUAUUGGCUGCUUGCUCGGGGAACUGUCUUUGUGACCCUUUAAAAUGUACCAAUAAAUUUCCUGAGGGAUUGCAUUACCCUGUGAAGGUGGUCAAGACGCGCGACAUUGGAUGGGAUAUCGUUUCUUCAUCUUACAUAAAAGCCAACUCGUUAAUUAUGCAUUACGUUGGGGAAAUAACCACCAGGAAGGAAAUGAUUUCUAGAGAACAUGAAUACGACAAGAAAGGAUAUUUUAACUACUUCAUCGAAACGGCAGAGGUGGAUGAAACUUACACCGACGAUUGGAAGAUCCCCUGCAUAGAUGCUCUCUUCAUUUCAAACGUAGCUCGCUUCUUAAACCACUCGUGCGAGCCCAACGUUAACGUGAUCACCAUUUGGCGAGGAGACAAUUACCCCUCCGUCGGGAUCUUUGCCUCCAGGGACAUCAAGCCAGACGAGCCCCUCAAGUACCACUACGGCAUCAACUACAAGAAUAUCAAGUGCAUGUGUAAUUCGAAGAAGUGCAAGGGGUACAUCGGCUAG